AUGGGUUCAUAUGGCGGAAUGCCUGUGUUUCACAACGUUGAGUCGACGGUGUGUUGCACCGAUUUGGACCAACAGGUGAGUGAAGGCUUAUUAUACGAGUUAAUGAUACAAGCUGGGCCAGUCAUGUCAGUGUCGAUACCGCGUGACAGAGUGUCGGGACAACACAGGGGUGUCGGCUACGUGGAAUACAAAAGCGACAGAGACGCAGACUAUUCCGUAAAGAUAUUUUCUGAUAAUGUAUACCUCUUUGGGAAACUUGUCAAAUUCAAUCGGAGCAACCAGGUGAGGAGAGGGGCAAUCGACAUCGGCGCCAAUUUAUUUGUAAACAACUUGGAUAAAAGUGUUGACGAAUCGCUCUUACACAGCACAUUCUGCAAUUUUGGCAACUUGGUUUCUCCUCCAAAAAUUAAUACAGACACCAAAUCAGGAAAGGUCUACGCUUUCAUCAACUAUGACAGUUUCGACGCAGCAGACAAGGCAAUUGCAAAUUUGAACGGUCAAAUGCUUAGCGGAAAACAGAUAUCAGUCGAGUACGCGUUUAAAAAUAAAAGGGGUGAAAGGUAUGGAACUGCUGCAGAGAGGUUUUUGGCACACCAUUAA